AUGGUAUACGACUUCAUUAAUAAAGAGAAAUAAUUAAUUGAUAUAUUUGUUAUUUGUUUAAAAGUAACAGAAUAGCGACUAACCUUAGAAACCAAAUAAAUAUUAGAGUUGAUUGUGAAUGUUUAGGCAAAGAUUCUAAAGAAUAUGCUAAUAAAAUAAUAGUUGCUCGUACGUUUUUUUAAGGAAGAAAUCUGGACGAAUCUAUAUUAACUUAUCCUAGUAGUCCCUUUUGAGAGAUUACUAAAUGGUUACCUAAUAAUUUGCAUCUGGGAUUUAACGGAGGUUCUGUUGUUAGGGAAGUUACAAACCGCAUUGAUAGAAUGUAUUUUGAGAUAAGCAUGUAAAAUUUUUAGAAAAUGA